AUGGGCAGAACAAGUGAUGAGGAAGGUGAAACCUCUACUAAAAUUUGCAAGUCAGAUGAAAUCGAUGACAGACCUUUGAAGAAAGCGCGCUAUGUUUGGCAAAUUAAAGGGAAAUAUCAUUUAAAGAAACCAGAUGAUGAAAAAGUAUCAUGUUUUCCAACCAAAAGCCCCGUUAAGGAUGAGUGCUCAUCUGUCAUAUUGCCAUGUAAACAUACAGGAUUUAACACUGACAAUAAUUGUGGAAGUGAAUUAAACACAAUGGAAGUCUCUGAAAACAGUGCUGCUCUUCAAGACCCAAAUACAAGUAGUGAAAUUAAAAUUAAUACUGAACCUAGUGCAUUGUUAGAUGUUACAAAUUGUGAUGGAAAAAACCUGAAAGUUGUAACACCAGUAUCUCAAAAUUCCCCAAUUGACCAGCCAGAGUGGCCUAUAGCCUUAAAUGUUAUGUUCCCUAACACCCGACCAUCUACAAGUUGGCAAUUGAGAAAAUGGCAAGCAAGGCAAGUUGCCCGUUGCUUUGUUGACAAUACAAUUAAUAGAGUUUUGGAGGAUAUGGGAUUUGUACCUCUGCCAGUAGAUGCAGAUGAUAUUCUUGAUGAAUUUCCCAUGACUGAAAGCGAGAAUGAUGAAGGUCUUGAAGAUGAAGCAGUUCUCAUGGCUAUUCAUAGGCAUGGAUUAAGGACAGAAGGAGAAAUGACUGGGUCAGAUACAGAAAAUAAAAUUAUAUCUGAUGCAGCAAAAAUUGAUACCGCCGAAAGUGAAACUUGCAGAGAACCUCGCAAUGCCACAAAUGCAAAUAUGCCAUGUGUUUGUGCCAAUGCACCUCGUCAAGAUACAAAUGCAUUUGUCAAUUUGGAUCCUUUUCACCAUAGGCCUGUGUUUUGGGACCAAGGAGAGUUGGAUACACAGAAGUUAUUGCAUUCUCCGUUCAGCAGUGAAUUAAACAGCAAUGAAAUUGUGCACAGGUGGUUCAGUGAUGGAUUAUUUAGCUCUGUUAUAAACAGUGAAAGUAGCUGUGAUAGUGACAUGAAAUCUCUAGAUGAACCCAUGGUGGAUGAACAAACAUUAACAAAAGAAAACUCUUCUGCUUCAGUAAAUGAUGGAGUCCAAGAUAAUUCCAUAAAUGCUGAUAAAUCAGAUGAAUCAAGUUCCCAAGAAAAGCGAGAUGCAAACUCACCAUCAUUUGAACAUAGUGACUUUUUAGAUAAAGCUGUGGCUGUUGCAAUUCAGAAGAAAGGUCUCAGUAAAUUAAGUUGUGCAGACUAUGGCUGA